ACUUAUCAGGAACAUAUUUAUAUUUUUAGCUGUUUAAUAGUGAAUAACGCGUUUUCCUUAAUAAAUACACUUUAAUUUGAAACAAAUCACAAAUAUCUAUUAACAAAUUUAGCCCUAAACUCCCAGCAAAAUGGUUAAAGGAAAGAAGACAGCAACAAAUGCUGGCAUGCAACUGAAGUUGGAAAAUCAAAGAGAACUAGAACAUCGCCUUGAAGUGGAGAGAUUAAAGCAAUUGGAAAGCAGCAGCUCAACAAUAUCCGACACUGACUCCACCGAAUCAUAUAUAUCCUUCUAUGAAGCCAGCGUGGAGGAAGCAACAAAAAAUAUCCUCGAAACUCUAUGUGAUAGCGAUACGGAGUCAUUGCAGGAAGAAGAACCUGAUUAUUUGGAACGUAAAACAUUGCUGGAAAAAACAGACUUUUUUGUUGGUUUCAGGGAAGUGCCCAAUGUUGAUAAUAUUUCGCAGGAUAUAUCGGUGGCUUCCAUAGCCAUAGAAAAGACGGUUCUAAAAGAUGGUCCUUCUAAGGAUACGGGGAAAUUUGUAAAUCCCUUGACGGGACAAGAUAUAAGAUACAGCGUAGAAUCUGUGGCUGUCUCAAGUGAGGACCACAAAGAUGUUGAAGAAGUGGAAGAAGAGCAAUUACAAGAAUCUCUUAAAGAUAUAUCGCAGGACAGUGAAUUAUUAAUACCAGUUGAUGCCUUGGAUCUCGAAGAAGAUAUAAAGAGACCCACUAUCAUGGAGGAUACUUUUGAAGCAUUUCUAGAAUACGAUUUACAACCCCAGUUAGUAGUUGCUGAAGAAAUCAAUUGGGAAGCUUUAGCUCGCGAAGAAGAAGCCAAUCGAUUACAAGCUAAUUCUCACAAAUUUUUAAACGAACUGAUUAAUAAAGCGGUAGAAAUUGCGGAAUAUGCCAGUCCCGAGAGAAUACUUCAACAAAAUCUUGAUAAACGCAAACUUCUCAUAGAUCUGGCCAACAAAUUUCCAGUUUACUAUACAGAAAAAUCUUGCUGUGGAUUUCUGAAUCGUCAAAUUGUGCAACAUUUUCGACGGAAAAAAUCUUUUCGUUCCAUAAUGGAAGACAAUCCAAAAACCUUGCAACAAGAUAAACAAAAAUUAAAUAAUGCUAAAACGCAUUUAGAUGAAAUUAUGGCAAAAGAAAUGAAAUUAUUGAGUUCUUCGAAAAAUCUCCAUGAAGAACUAAAAGCUCAAUAUGAACAAUUGAAAGAGGAGGGAGAAUCAAAGAUUAAAAUAUUUGAGAGUAAGGUGAGGAAACAGUUGGGACGUGACAAUUGGCCGAAGAUGAAUGUGAUCAUUGAUCAAUUGUUGCUGAGAAUGAAUAAAUAUCGUAAUGAAGUGAGUGAAGUAAGAUUUGCACUGUUUUUGCAGCAGCACACUCAGGCUAGGUUAACAGAAUUAUUAAGCAAAUUAGAAGACUUGGGAAAUGGUUUAAACAUGAACGACUUCAGCAAUUUACAAGCGGAAACUCAGGCACUAGACAAGAAAAUAGAAGAACGAAAUGCUGAACUAAACAAACUUUACACGCACUGCCGCAACGAUCUCCAUACAUUAGCCCAUUAUAGGCAAAAACAAGAAAUGCUUUGUAGCACUAUUACCAUACAAAGUUCCUUCUUAGAUACUUUAGUGGAGAAUAAAAGUGUGCUUAGGGAACGUUUGCAUGUUUUAAAAUUAAAACGCAAUCGCCUGCAUGCUCAAAUAAAAAAGCUAAGUGCUCAAGGUGGCCUUUUGGACAAACCGGUUCUGAUGUUCGAUUAUGACAACACUGUGGAACGUGGUCGGCAGCAAAAAGAAAUUGUUAAUAAUUUGAGAGGAACGUUGCGUUUGACUCAAAGAAAAAUCGACGAAAUAGUUAAGCAAUAUUUAGCUAAACAAAAAUAAUUAAU